CAGACAGUAGGACAGGUGCUUCUACGGGCUUGGCAGCAAACCCAGCAAUGAAUAAUUCGACAGCCUGUUUGGCCAAUGCAGCAGUUUGCCAAGGGGAUUCCUGUGUGCUCCCUGAAAGCAAUUUCAACUACAUCCUAAGUGUCAUCAUGAGCAUCAUCCUUACCAUCCUGUUGGCCUUGGUGAUGUUCUCCAUGGGAUGCAAUGUAGAAAUCAAGAAAUUCCUAGGGCACAUAAAGCGGCCAUGGGGCAUAUGCGUUGGCUUCCUCUGUCAGUUUGGAAUCAUGCCCCUCAUGGGAUUUAUCCUGUCCGUGGCCUUCAACAUCCUCCCCAUCCAGGCUGUGGUGGUGCUCAUCAUGGGGUGCUGUCCUGGAGGAACCUCUUCCAAUAUCUUGGCCUAUUGGGCCGAUGGCGACAUGGACUUGAGCAUCAGCAUGACCACAUGCUCCACACUGCUUGCACUGGGAAUGAUGCCGCUGUGUCUCUUCAUCUAUACCAAAAUGUGGACCGACACUGGGACGAUCAUAAUUCCCUAUGAUAGCAUAGGAACUUCUUUGGUUGCUCUUGUUGUUCCUGUUUCCAUUGGAAUGUUUGUUAAUCAUAAAUGGCCCAAGAAAGCCAAGGUCAUACUUAAGGUUGGUUCAAUCGCAGGAAUAUUCCUGAUUGUACUCGUAGCUGUGGUUGGAGGAAUACUGUACCAAGGUUCCUGGGCUAUCAAUCCCAAACUGUGGAUUAUUGGAACAAUCUUUCCUGUGGCUGGUUAUUCCCUGGGUUUUUUGCUGGCUAGGAUAGCUGGUCAGUCCUGGCAGAGGUGCCGAACAGUUGCUUUGGAAACAGGGAUGCAGAACACUCAGCUGUGUUCAACCAUAGUACAGCUUUCCUUCACCCCUGAGCAACUUCAACAUAUGUUCACCUUCCCACUCAUCUACAGCAUUUUCCAGCUCGUCAUUGCAGCAAUACUCUUAGGACUUUAUGUGGUAUACAAGAAAUAUUACAGAAAAAAUCAUGAAGAAUUUCCAGAGAGCAAAGACAAUGAAACGGUGUCCGAGUCAUCACUCUAUAAGAUGAAUGGAGGAUUUCAACCAGAUGAAAAGUAGACACCAAGUGGACAAAGGAGAAGAAUUCUAAAGCAUUUUCUUCAACUAUAACUAUAUUUAAUUAUUUGUUUUGAUGGAAUAGCUGUCAGGAAAGGUUGAAGUGGGAAUUUUAAUUCCAACACAAUCCAUAUUAUUGGAUUCAGUACCAUGACGGGUGGUCCAAUUUUUUAAUGUAACAAAUACUGUUUAAAAAUAUGUAUAAUGUACUGUCAUUGAAAUAUGCCAAGAAAAUAUCCUCAGGCUAAACAUGACAAAAGUAACACUGAGGACCUCAUAGCUCCUGAACUCAGUUCUCACCCAGAGUCUCCUAACCCAGAGAUGAGCACCUGAAUUUUUGUAUAAAAUAGCUACAAUGAAUUAUGAUUGUAAAGUGAUCAAGGUUUUCUCCAGAAUUUAUGAUUGUAAAAAGAUUGAAGUGAAAGUCUUCCACUGACUUUCACUCAUUAUUUUGAAAACUUUGCAACCUAUUUAUUUAUAUAACUUUAUAGUAUAACAGGCAAAUAUCUGUGUUCCUGAAUUUAAAAAAAUAGCCUUCUCUGGUGACAGUUCACAAGCAGAAAUAAUAGAGAAGAGUUACUAAAUAGAAUUCCAACCACAUUGGAAUCAGGUCUAUAACUCCUCAGGGAUAUUGUACAACUGCUCUACCUCAGGGGUCCAAUGAUGCCCACUGGAUCUUUAAGGAAAAACAGAAUUCUUUCAAAUGGUUUGAACUUGGCAACAAGCUUUUCAAGCCCUGGAGAAGGUCAUUCCUCAAAUUUGCUUGUAUGGGGCUGGUCCAUAUCAACUAAUCUGACAACUAUUCAGUCCAUAUGAACAUACCCACAGUGAGGAUCAUGGAAGAGGGAGGUGGCAGGAGGCACAAAGACAGUGGAAGUAUUGUAAGAAACAUCACUGCUCUACUUGGCGAAUUCAGUUCAAUGGAGGAUAAUGAGAAAUCAAUAGAAAAGCAUCAGUAACAGAAACCACCUUGAAAUGUAUAACUACCAUCAAUUUGACAUGCAACAUUAAGUAGUAAUAAGAAGAAUGAAGCCAGAGAGGGAUGUGGGCAGUGAGUAUCAAACAGUAUUGAAGAAGUGGAGGGUGAGUCCCCAUUUAGCCAAGUAUUGCCAAAUGAGUUACUUGGAUGAUGUACAAAGAUGUAGCCAGAGGAAUCAUGGAGGAUGUGUCAAUGGCAGCAAGAUUUUGCGGCAAGGAGGAAACAACAGGUUAAGUCUUGGGUUCUCAAUUAUGAGAUCUAAAUCUAUUAAAUGAACUCUAAAUUAAAUGAAUUUCCUUUACCUCAUCCUGCAGCAUAAUGAGGGCACAUUCUUAACUCAGUGCAUAAUGGUUUAAUUUCACCUUCCAUUUGGACAUUUUCAUGACCUUAUAGAUUCCCUUUCAACUAUUUUGGAUCCAAAUGACUUUUCGCAUUUGUGUGAUCUGGGAUCAUAUCCUGCUGAUAUACACCUAAGCAUUUCAGGAACAAGAAAUGAGCUCCUAGCUCUUCUGAGAGAGGGGUGAGGGAAUUCUGCUUUUAAGAGUAGUAACGUUUAUGCCUUUUUAUACAAGAUACUUACAAUGGAAUAAAGUCCCCAUAUUUUUCUGUCAUUAGAUUUUUUUAAAGGAUGGUAGGGGAGGGGUGGACAGAUUUUCCUCUGAGGGAGAGUCAAAAAAAUAUGCUUCCAAAGAUCUAGAAGGAAGACAUUCUGUCCCUCUGUUAAGUACCUCCAACAAUUUCCUCAUCAAACAGAAAAUAGACAGGUGCACUAAAGACACACUGUGAAUUCACAUCAUAAUUUCAACACAUCCAAAGUCAAGGGCCUGGAUGCCAGCAACUGUAGCAAGUGUGUUUUCCCUUCCUGUUGAUCAAGAUAUGUGAGGGAGACAGCACUUGGCUUUCCUACAGGAUAUGAUAGCUUGUGAGUUGCAUUUUUUUUCUUUCUAAAGCACUAGAGGGAAGAAAUAGCUGAGUUUUUAAAAUGACAGCUCUUCUAUUUUUAAAUGAGUUUGAAAAGCUGAGUA